UGUCCUUCAGGUGUUCCGUACUUCUGCGCACGCGCAGGUCAUUGUUGGCAGGGUGAACGUGAGGAGUGUGAAUUUAAUGGUCGUCUAACUCAGUAUUACUGUGUAAUUCAGGGUUUAUGUUGACAGUGUGUUAACACAGGGUGUAACUACCACAUAUGGCUCUCAGGAGGUGUUGGAGGCUUCCAGGUGUUGUCCCGCGGCUGUUAUGGACCAGCACCGCCCAGCCUGGGGCUUCCGUCCCGGGAGGACGAAUGUCUGUGUCCAGUCUCGGCAAAACUCACCCCGGUUGCAAAACUACAGAGUCGCUGCUCCGCAGGUUCAGUUCAGGGCCACCGGGCACUGAUGUGAGUUAUGACCAGCUGAAACAGCUCCUGGCUGGCCGGAAGUCUGUAGUUGUAGAUGUCAGAGAGCCCUGGGAGCUCAGGGAGUACGGCUUCAUCCCCGGUUCAGUUAACGUUCCCCUGGGACAGGUGAACACCGCCUUCCAGCUGAGUCCGGAAGAGUUCAAAGAAAAGUAUGGUGAUGAAAUGCCCCAGCAGACAGAUAACAUCGUGUUCACCUGUCUGGCAGGGGUCAGGAGCAAGAACGCACUCAACACAGCCGCCUCGCUGGGUUACAAACAUGUUCAGCAUUACCCGGGUGGAUGGCAAGACUGGGUGAAAAAUGAACAACAUAAGUGAUCCAGGGAUAAUGGAA